AGAACAAUUGAGUUGGGGGCAAAGAGAGUUGUGGUGCCCGGGAAUUUUCCGGUCGGCUGUGUCCCCAUUUACAAGACGGCUUUCCAAACGAACAAUUCAUCCGCGUACGACAAUAACCGAUGCUUGAAGCACCUAAACGAGUUUGCAGAGUACCACAAUCGGGAGCUUCAGAACGGGAUUAAAAGGAUGAUCCAAGAAGAAAAGCCGAAUGCAAUCAUUGUGUACGCCGAUUACUACAGGGCGUACGAGUUCCUCCUUCGUUUCGCAAAGUAUCAUGGUACAUAA